CGCUUCGCUCAUUCGCAUAACGUAACGCGUCUUGUCUCUUUGUCGCCGUGCAAGCAUUACUUGGUUUAUUUAUACCGACUCGCUGCUGUUGACACGACUGCUCGUCUUCUCAGUUUUUCUUUAUACAUCUACAAAUAAACUACACACAAUGGCCGACGUUGUAGCCGAAGUAAAAGAAACUAUUACCACCCCAGAAAAGAAAGUAGCAGACUCUCCAGCAAAAGAAAAGAAGAUCCAAGAUUCCCCAGUCAAGAAUGUAGAAUCCCCUGCUAAAGAAAAUUCUACUCCAGAAAAUGGAUCCAACAAAGACGAUGAUGUUAAAGAAAAUGGAUCCGUCCCUGAAGUAGAAGAAAAAGAACAGAACGGCGACAACAAAGAAGACGAUGUAGACAGUUGCCAGAAAGCGUGCAAGAGGAAAUCAAAUGCCUCUGAGUUGGUGGUCGAAGCUGAGGAAGCAAGUGAAAAGAAGGCCAAAUUAGAUGACACUGAAGAAGAUCCAGCUACAGCUGAGCCAGAAUCUGCUGAAGCGUAAACAUUUGUCCAUGACAUUAAAUUAUUCUAGACCCUGCCCUCCUUUUGUUAAAAAUGAUCACUACCAUUUUGACUCUGAAGUGGAACUCUGACACAUGAAUAACAAUUCUCCAUGUUCAAUAUUUGUAAUUUGUCUCUAAAAUUUUGGACUACAAAAAUGUUUCCUUUUUCCUAUAAAGUUUUGACAGGUCCGCGGCACUAUGUUAAUUAAUUUAAUUAAAACUUAAUUUUAAGUUACUUUUUUUUACGUCUAAUACGUCUUAUAUGGUAAAUUUUUAAUUUUUAUUUUAUAUAUUUUUACUAUAGGAUAUGGUAAAAUUAUUAUUAUACAAACUUAUAGUUAGUAGACAAAGGGAUGGUUUCUUUUAAUUUUAUUAAUGGUAAAAAAAACCUAUGCAUAUUUCUCUUAACUACAAUGUGUAAGUAGUUUGAUUAAUUAGAAGUACCUGUUCGCGGUCACAUUAGUACGGUUUUUUUUGUAUUAUAUUCUACUUUUAAAUUUAAAUAUUACUAUUUAAUAAAUCUACCUAUAAGUUCAAAAUGGAAUUUUUUUAAUUAAUGGUUGUAAUUACAUUUUACAUAUUUAGGAUAAUCAUUGCAGUGUCUAGUAUUAAUAAUAUAUAUACAUAGAUAUAUAUAUACAUUUACAUAUAUAUUUACCGAAGGUUAAAUAUACAACCCAUGAAAUUCAAA